ACACAGACAUUUUCGCAAAUAACGCUAAAUGGCAUGUUUAAAUAAUUCCAUGAAAACGUUUCAAUUUUGUAAUUGUUAGCAAUUCCCUCGGGACCUGUAAUGAUGAAACGCAACGCCAACUACGCCCAUCGCACCGCAGCCAUUGGGUAGUAGCAUUCCGACAACAUGAAGAGACACACGAGAGCCGAAUGCGUUGGAGAAGCUCUGCCUCCUGAUUUAGAGAGCAAUAAAAAACUUGAAUCUCCGAAGAAAAAACCAAAAAGAGGGAGAAAUAAUAUAAUAAAAGACUACCUUAUAGACUACACGUCCAACUCAAAUCUACAUGGGCUCAAAUACAUCGGGGAGAAGGAAAGAACAUUUGUUGAAAAGGUGUUCUGGAUAUUCAUGUUCACGUGCUGCGUGGUGCUGUGUGCCGGCCUCAUUCAGAAGGUGUACAUCAAGUGGAAUGAGAGCCCGGUCAUCGUGAGCUUUGCUGAGAAUCCGAUGCCUGUUUGGAAGAUACCCUUUCCGGCUGUGACGGUGUGCUUCGAAACAAAAGCCCAGCAAUCAAAAUAUAACUUUACAGAAAUCUAUCACUUGUACCUCAACAAUACAGGCAAUGAUACGUCAGGAAAUACCACAGAGCUCACCGAUGAAGAAAAAUUUGUCUUUGAAUACGUCUCCAUGGUCUGCGAUUCACAUCUAUCACCCACAACUGGAAGGAAAUAUGGCAGUGGUGCAGACGCAGUCGAUAAACUUAAAGAGGUGUGCCCCAAUAUUACCGAAUCCUUUUUUGGAUGCAAAUGGGAAAAUAUAAACAGAGAUUAUUGUUCAGAUCUGUUCUCGCCUAUUUUGACUGAGGAAGGAAUAUGUUACACGUUUAAUACACUGGGAGCCGAGGAAAUGUUACGAUUGGAUAAUUUACAUCAUGAUUACGAAUACCUACAAGAGGGAAACCCAAAUCAUACGACGACUUGGAGUUUGGAAAACGGGUACCCUGAUGACACGCCGAUUGUCACUUAUCCUCAUAGAGGCUCUGGAUAUGGAGCCAAAGCCGGAUUGACAUUUAUAAUAAAAGCUUCAGAAGUUGACCUCGACUACCUUUGCAGAGGUCCGGUACAAGGGUUUAAGAUUCUUCUGCACAAUCCUGCCGAGCUGCCGAGAUUGUCAGUGCAGUACUUCAGAGCCCCGUUGUCCCAGGAGGUCGUGGUAUCGGUGAAACCUAAAAUGAUGACGACUUCCGAUGGCUUAUUGCCUUACAGUCCUAACAUCCGAAAAUGCUAUUUCCCGAGUGAGCGUUACCUGCGGUACUUCCGCGUGUACACGCAGGCCAACUGCGAGAUGGAGUGUCUCAGCAACUUUACCUACGCCCGCUGCGGCUGCGUGCACUUCGGCAUGGUUUACGGUGAUAACAUGACAGUAUGCAGUGCUGGAAGCAUCCAAUGUGUGCAAAAUGCUCAAAAGGAGCUGGUAACAGUAGCCGCCAUGAGUAGCCUGGAGAGAAACUCGGCAGACAACAGCAGCAGUGUGAUAGACGAAAACGCGCGCGAUAUCGCCAUGCGCUGCAUGUGCAUGCCGGCGUGCACAUCCAUCGAAUACGAGGCGGAAACCUCGCAGGCAGACUUUGACUGGAGGGCGAUAUUCACCAGCUUCAAAUCCGAGAUACCGCCGGAACUAGAUGACACAUACAUGACACGUAUCUUCAUCUUCUUCAAAGAGGCGCAGUUCAUCACGUCGCGCCGCUCCGAGCUGUACGGCCCCACGGACUUCCUCGCCAACUGCGGCGGCCUGCUCGGGCUGUUCAUGGGCUUCUCCAUUCUCAGCGUUGUUGAGAUACUCUACUUCCUCAGUUUACGGAUAAUCUGCCUGUUUUGGAAAAGGCGAGCUCACAAACGCGUGGCGGAUAAACCCCAGACCAAACUGGAACAUCCUUACAUUGACUAGAAGUAUACUUGGUGAUUCACUAUUUUGAAACUUCUUAAAAUCGUUUGUGCACUGCUACCUAAACUGAAUUCAAGUCGAAUGUUUGAACGACUAUAGUUCGUUUUUUUUUAGCAUUAGAAAGAACUUGCAAGAAGGUAAGCGAUCUUGACAUGUCUUUUAAUUGAAAAACGGUUUUUAAAAAUCAAAAACUAUUACUUAUGAAAGCAGAAGAAUAUAAAUGAUCGUAUUAGAUUCAUAAAUGUUACAUAUUUGCCGUAACUUAUUUUUAAAAUGUGUUUUUCAAUUAAAAGACACAUCAAUAUUGUUUACCUUAUUUCUAAUGCUAAAAAAAACGAGGAAGUAUAAAUGUGACGGUCCACGGGAAAAGGUACCUUAUGAGGGUUUCUAGUUUCGGAGUUAUGAAAUGUUUUGUAAAGAGGUGAAAAAAUGUUCAAUUUUUUUUUAUUGUGUGAUCUCAAACCUUAAUGCGUAACGUUUGUUUACCUGUUUUUAUUUUUGUUAUAAGUUAGUUAUAAGCCUAGUAAUGUCGUCUCAGAGUUUAGUAAAAAGGUACCUUAUGGAAAAAAGGUUGAAAAUUUCCAAAAAAACUAGUCAAUACGGGAAAAGAAGUUUGGUAGAGAACUGUAUUAGCAUUCUGCAAAACUAAUUUGAUAAUUUCAGUUCUGGUUGAGGCGCCUAGCAAAUAUUAUAACCGUACAUCGACCGACAUUACAAAUCCAAGUAACCUGGUAUUAUACCAAAGUUACUCUCGUCAAGUCUUUCUUAACUAGAAUAAUCUUCAUUUGGUUUGGUCGCAUGCAAUAAAUCAGCCAUUGGUUUGCUGAAAAAUGCCAAUACCCGACACAUUACCUUAUGGAAUAUCUAAGGUCAUUGAACCUCAAUGCCGCUUGUCUUCAAUGGCAACCAAAAUAUAUUAUUGAUAAGAAAUAGACGAUUUAUACCAUCUUUACCCGAAAAUAUUAUUAGUUUAUCCUAACUGUUCCAUCAUCAUCAUGCCUCAUCAUGUAACUUAACCACAAGGUACCUUUUCAUUACAUACAAAUUAUUGGUCUUUUUUAAGAUUAUUAUGACGAAGAACUAAUUAAAUUUGUGGCAGUUUAAUGUAAGUUAAUAUUUUCUAUACAUAAAAGAUAAACUUCAAUGUGAUUGAUGUUUUGUAGUGAUGUAUUAUUAGAUUUAUUUCCAUAAGGUACCUUUUCGUAAAUGUAUGGAGCAAAUACUGUUACUGUUAUGUAAGUUUAAACUGGCAUAAGGGGUUAAAUAUAGUAUUUAGUUGGGGUUUUAGGAUUUAUUUCAUUUGAAUGACAGAAUUUCUUUCAUAUGUGCUCAGAAAAAUUGAUUGUGUGUCACAUUAAAAGUAAAAAUAUUCAAUUUUCUGAUUUUAUAUGAAAAAGUCAAAAAAUACAUUUUCACCUCUAAAUCGGUAUUGUUUUUUGCUUAAACUGUCUCUCAGUGUCGUUUUCUAACAGAUAAAAUUUAAAUCUUGAGAGCUCAUUGCAAUCAAUCGUGAAAAUGAAAUAAAACUUUAUUUUCAGGAGACUGGUUAGUAUACACAUAAAUCAGUCGAUAUCAAAGGUUUCUAUUUGCAUUACAGAACAAGUCGCAACAUUUUUUUAAUCUCAGAUAUAUAAGGUAUUAUUAUUUGUAGUCAACUAUGUAACUUACUUCAGGAACAUAGUUUUUUAGGCGGCUAAACUUAAAACUUCUCUUUCGUAAAGUUGCUCAUUUCACAACAUUAUUUUCAAAAAAUCAUAUCUCUGUAACUACGCAACUUAGGAGGUUGAUCUUUUGUGUUAUCGAUAGCUUAUUUAUUGUAGAUUACUGGGGUAUGCAUAACUCCAUACCCGCCAUAAGGUACCUUUGACCGUGGGACGUCACAAAUAUAUGUAGGUAAGUUGACAUGUUUUAGUCCCGUUUAUUUAAAUACAUAAAAAUAGUUUUAAAUAAAUGUAACGAUAAUAUUGAAGCACAACGUAAAUCGAAACAAAGCAGGCAUCUAGUCUAAAUAUUACUUUGAUGUUCCAUAAGUAUAUAUCUAUUCCUAUUUUUUGUAGCAUAGGUAUUAAAUAAAUAAAACUUAAUUUAACAAUUACACACU